AUGAUUAGAAAUUUGACUUGUGGCUCAAGAAGCCGAGCAGUGGCUCCGAGAAUACGCUGGUAUUCAAGUGCUACGCAUAGUAGACCUGAAUUAUCAAAUUUACUUCCAGGUAAGAGGACCAUGAAUAAGAUUCUUUUCGACAAUGAUAGCAGAUUAUCGUAUAAGAAAGUUAUCCCUAUUUUGAAUUCGGUAUAUUCACAUAUUGAAACACCUGAAGAUAUAAUUUUACCGAAUUACGUCAAGAGUAAUGAUUUAAUGUUAUGUAAACAAAUUCUUGCUUCUAUACGGUCGACUACCAAUUCUAUAAAUAAAAACUUGGUACUGCUAGAAAAUGAAUUGGUUGAACAGGCUGCAGAACUUGGUAACAAUGAUGCUAUAGCUAUGUUAGCAUUUGAGUCCAUCGAGGACCCACAAACUUCGAAAGAAGAUUACAAGUAUGCCAAUAAAUUGAUUGAUAAUUUAACUAAUUUGAAGCAUCCACUAGUUUUCAAGAUGGCAGGGGACUUAGCAUUCAAGAAAGGCUACCAUAAUCAAGCAGAGAUAUAUUGGUUGCAGUUUAUUGAGUUAGAGCUGGAUACGAUACUUGCAAGUCAGGUAUAUGCAAAUUUGGGUAUCUAUUACUUCAAUUAUUUAAAACCCAGACCUGAUUUGACCAAAGCUGAAUUGUACAUGAAAAAGAGUAUUAAAUUUGGUGAAUUGGAUAAAUACACCAUUCAAGCGCAUUAUUAUUUAGGACAGCUAUAUUCAAUGACGGAUCCAAUCUUGUCAAAAUAUCAUUUGGAGAUAUCUGCCAGCAAAGGAUUGAAAGAAAGCUUUCCAUCACUAGGAUUUUUGGAAAUGAAUAUUUUUAAAAAUUACUCUAAAAGUCUUGAAUGGUUUAAGCUUGGAGUCGAGAGUAGCAAUGACUUAUCGUGUAUGAUAGGUCAAUUUGAUUGUUUCAUUAAUUUGGAAAAUCUCAUUCAAGCAGACGGAAUAUAUAGAAACUUGGUUUCAGUUCAUAACAAGAUAAGGUCAGCUAGGGCGAGAAAAGAUAUCCCAAAGGAUAUACAGCAGGCUAUGGACACAAAUCAGUCACUUUUAAAUUUAUUCUUUAGCACUAGAAGUGGUUCUAUUAAGUCAUUACCUAGUUACCAAUUAUAG